AUGAUUAUUCAUUAAAACUGGAGAUCUGAGAAUAUCUAACUUAUAAAAGAUGUUAUUAAAAAUAAAAAUGUUCUUCCACCCUAUGUCUAAGGGAAAAUAUUGAAAUAAUUAGAUUUUUAAGUAAAAGCACUUGAAAAUAGAAGCAAUGAAUCAAUUUCUCCAAAAAGGAAAAAUCAAAAUUUUAAACUCAUUACACUUACAAAAUAUGAUUCCAAAUUUGAAAGAAGCUAUAGUAUAGGAAAUGCAAUCGAAUAAGAAUGCAUUAAAUGCAAAAAGUUCAUAUUUUAAAAUAGUGUUACGUUGCAAUGUAGUAAAACUUAGCAUCAUCUACAUGAACGUUGUAUUCUUCAACACUUUAAAGAAUUAUGUGUAAAUAAUUAGCUUAAUUUUAUAUGUGUAUGUGGAAAGAAACUAAGUCCAGAAUAAAUGAAAGUAAUUAAUAUUAAAGGAAUUGAAGGAUUAAUAAAUUCAAUUUACAUAAAAUAAUUAAAAGAAAUUGUAAAUUCCAUAUCUAUUGAAAAAUGUAGAAAUCCAUUGUGUGAUUUUUUUUGGAUUAAUGAUCCUAAAUUAUAAAAGUAGAAAUAAUAUGGUAAAUAAUUGAAAAAAAUGUCCAAAAGAUAUUGUCCUUUUUGUUGA